CGGCGAGGUGAUGAGGUCCGUCUUCGGGUUUGCGCGACUGGUCAUGCGAGAGGUUCAUGCGAGGGCGAAGGUGUUCGGCGAUCUGUUACAAUGGCACGAAGCCGGCGUGAAGUGCGGUGGCCUGUUGGGAAACGUAUCGGGAUGCAGUGGCUGUGGAACGGUCCUGUGAGCUUGCUGCUUUCGUCUGCGGAGAAAUUCGAACUCCUCUGCGUAGCCGACACGAUCGAUCUGGCCAAACUAGGCAGCCGAUGGCAAACAACUUGCAUAUUAUUGACGAGAUCUUGUGCGAUUUGGACACCGCUUCAUAGAGAUAUUAACGCGACAUGCUCAACUAUGAACGUAACGCUUGCACCAAUUCGCGAUGGACGAGGCCGAGUAUGCUCUCGUCACGGCCAUUUCUGCGUACUGGCGCAAUCGCCACGCUUUCGGAACUUGGAGUGAGGCUGAUGUCGCGUUCGUCCGUGCUGUCACUGCCUACAGUUCGGCGCAGAGGGGCGAACAUGCAGUCCCUGCCGCUGGGAACAAUGUAGGAUCUUCGCUACUGUCACUUCAUGGGAAUGCGGCGGCAUGGAGUAUCCUCACGCCGCCUUCGAGAGACACGCUUGGAGAGGAAGAGGAGAAGAAGGAGGAGGAGGGAGUGGAGGAGGCAGAAGAGGGAGAUGAUGACGAAGGAGAGGCAGUGGAGAAAGGUGAAGAGAGUCCAGGGUUGGUGGCAGAGUCCACGUCGCCGCAAAUUCAGAUAACUUUAGCCACAGCGACAGCGGCAUCGCCAUCUUCUCGACGUAAAAAAUGUUCAGUCGUGAAGACGGCGGGGGUGGGCGAGGACUACCGCUUACUCCCACCCGGCCCAGAGCGCCAUCGUAGCCGCAAAAGGGAGUAUUACCGUCGUCGCCAUAGUGAGGCUGAAGAGGGUGUGCGGGCGUUGCCGGUGAGUAUGACUACUGAGCAUCGGAGGGAGAAAGCGUGGAUUAGGCGAUGGAAGGCGAGACGGGAGCGGGAGCAGAAGCGUGAGCGUGAAGGGGGACGGGAUGACGGUGAUGGUACUGGGGAUACGUAGUGAUCAGUGGGUAGGGAUGCUCGUGCUUAGGAGCGACAGGAACGCGGAUUUGCUCGUUAGCUAUAGAAGUAGAGGUGCUGUCUUGAGAAUCAGGUGAAGUGGAAGGGUUUUGAUUCGCCAACCCAAUUGCGGAAGACAAGGAUUUAGAUACCUGCAGCAAGUCUUUUCACUCUAUGCCAG